AUGACAUCAUUAGUUCAAUCGCCAGAAAGGGAAACAAGUGACUUUUAUAGAGCUUGUUCAAUCAAUGAUGUUCCUCGUGUGAAAUGGCAUUUAGCACAUAUGACUGUGGAUGAAAUCAAUCGAGUUGCACCCGAUGGAACUACAGCAUUGCAUGUAGCGUCCUAUCAUAACAAUGCAGCUAUUGUAUAUCUAUUAAUUAAACACGGAGCUUCAGUUUCGAUUCAAAAUGAUUCAACGAAGCUUACUCCAUACGAAGAGACAACUUCCACCUAUAUAAAGCAGCUUCUAACAAGUACAGGUAAUAAAGCAUGGAUCGAAUGGACUUUUAUGGAUCCACCGACACGUGAAACAAAGGAAAUAUUUGAUACAACAUUAGAGAAUACGUUUCAUAACAUGGGUUUGUCAUUUAUACUCAAUUAUUUGCUUAAUCACUAUGCUCGUGGACAUGUUGCGAAAGCAUCUCCUAAAUCAGCCAAAGAAAUUGAACGGUAA